AAAGUUGUCGCUGUCGGUUGGUUAGCGCAUCGCGUGAAGAUAGUUCUCGAAAAACAAACUAUCGGUAAAGUUUACUUUAGUUAAAACUUCGCCUUCGUCUAUAAUAAAAUUUAUUCACAAAAUGUCUCACACUAUUUUGUUAGUUCAGCCUGGUCCAAGGCCUGAAACGCGGACAUACUCUGAUUAUGAAAGCGUCAACGAUUGCAUGGAAGGCGUCUGCAAGAUAUACGAGGAACAUCUCAAAAGACGAAAUCCUAACACACCAACAAUAACAUAUGAUAUUUCACAAUUGUUUGACUUCGUUGAUCAGCUGGCUGAUCUUAGCUGUCUAGUAUACCAAAAAUCAACAAACACAUAUGCGCCAUACAAUAAGGACUGGAUAAAAGAGAAAAUAUAUGUGUUACUACGUCAAGCGGCCGGCCAGAGUGAUUAGAAUUAAGUAAGCUUGUGUUUUAAGACUACCACAACUGUUUUUUUUAGGGGAAAUUAUUUUCAUUGCACCUUCAAAUCGGUUGAGACAUUAUGACUUUUGUGAUUUGUUUUGACUAAUGUGACUGAUGUGUUCAAAUCCAUUGUAAAGAUACUUGUUUUGUCUCUAUACAAAAUGCAGAUAAGAUAGAGCUUUUCUUUAAGCUAAAUAUUCUAUAUUUUUACAUAAAAUUCUUACUACUAAAGUAUAAUAACUAUUAAUGUCCGGUUUAGUUCAGUGUGAAUAUAUUAAAUAUUCAGCAAUAAUGUUAAUGUCAAUGAUUAUAUUUGAACGCUAGUGCAAAAUUUCAAUUAUCAUACUUAAGUUCUUUACACUAUUGAUGGACGUCUUGACAUUUUUUCUAAAGCAUAUUAACUAAAUAAAUCUCAGUCACACAAUAUGACACUGAAAGGAUAAUUUUGAGUCAAAACAUGUUUGCAUGACCUAAAGGCAAACAGCAGCAAAGCCAAAUAUAGUUUAAGCCAAACUAUAGUUGGUUUGGCUGUCUGUUGUUGAGUAUAGUUUUUUAUGUUAAGAAAAAAAGAAUUCAAAUGUUCAUCUAAUAAAUAUAGUGUAUUCCAUGUCUUUACAAUGUAUUAUAUUUUAUUACUUUGGGUGUUUUUUUUAUCUUGACAAAAUAUUGAGGCACUAAAGUUUAAAGUCUAAGAUACAGAUGACAUUUAAAAGCCAACUUUAAGGGUUGGACUAUAUCUGGCGCUCGGAACCAGCAUCUGCUAGAGCGAGACAGGCAACGCGCUUUUCGUUCUCCCUCUAGUAAACAGCGGUUCUGAGUGAUAAAAAAACUAUAUGUAUCACAGACCUCUGUAUCGUUUAGGCAUAGCAUGGCAUCGUGUACAAAAUACAAUAGACACAAAGGUAUAUGGAGAGCGAUACCCAUAGUUUUCUUUUAACGUUCAUUGUAGAAUUUUUUGCCUACGCUAGCGACAGAUUAUAAUAUAAAUUUCACCGCCGUAAAUCUAUGUUACCCUGAAACUGAUUAGCCAGUUUAGGAUGCCUCUUUAUCAGCGGCUCUUAUUGUAAAAUUAUGCUACCGAUAUAUAGCCAUAAUGUAAAAUUUAAUUAAUUUCAGUGCCUCUGCUCCAUAAUUAGCACUUUUUUCUAUCAGAAACAUAUAUAUGUAUUGAAGAUUGUCUAUUGUUUUGUUUGUGAAUUACUGACGUCAUGCACUCUGAAAUUUCGUUGUCACGCCACAUAUGAGGAAUUUAAUGUAGCUUAACUUUAACACAAUAAUAUUUAAGAUGAGGAAAAAAUAUCGUGAUUUUGAGUUAAUUUAAAAUUGUUUUUCUUUUUAUUAUUUUACUACAUUAACCAUCUCUGUUUGACCAUCAGGUAGUGAGAUCUAAUAAGUUAAUUUUUGUACACACAGCUGCAAGUCUCGUUAGGUACCACAAUAUGUCAAAUAUGUCCAGUUUAUUUUCUUCUUUUUAAUGACUGGCAUUGCCGUUGUGGAUUUGUUGCCAGAAUCCAGUUUCGCUCAGUAUUUAAAGCUCUAUAUUCAAAAUAUGGUUUGAAAUCAAAAUCGAAAAACUUGACAGAUUUGUAUAGAUACAUUUGCUGUUGACUGUACUACGAUUGAUUAAUUAGGUACUUAUUUAAUGCUGCUGUAAAAACGCACUCAUAUAAGUAUGUAUCAUAUAUAAAUAAAGAAAAAUAUUAUUUUUCAUUUUCUUAUCAAAAGAAGUUACUAUGUUGUAACUUUGUACUUUGCUAAAUUAAAAGUAUAUUUCUAAACUCAAAACAAAUUUUGUUGUUGAUUUCAAAAUAAUUUGUGAGUUCAAAACAUUUUUAUUUUAGUUUUGUUGUAAUUAUAAGAUACUCUAAGCAUUAGGAAUAAAAUUUUUGAUUCAAAAAUUCUUUUAUUUUUUAAUAAUGUUUUUGUGUCUUAUUUUAACGUGUGCACAAUUAAUAACAGAUUCGAGAGAUCGAUAAAUCUCUCUUAAUCUGAAAUACGCACAUCUUUAAUCGCUCUUCAUUUCAGUGGCGGACAAAGGGGGGCGGAGAAGACCUCUUGUUAUAGGAUGCCUCCAAAUGGCUGCAAGUUCCCUUGAUCGUAUCAUAAAUUGGGGUUGUACUGCCUUAUCUUUCUAUUGGUCAGUUGCACAAACGUCCAUUAAGGUUUAAUGACGUCUUUAAGCUGUAAUGAAUGUCAAAUUUGUAUGGGUAAUGUCGCUUUAAACUAAUGACCAUUUAAUAAACGUACGUGCAACUAGCUGUAAGUCCAGUAUCAGCAGGAAUCUUAAAAGAGGGGUAUAAAGGUAAUUUCAAGUUUCUGCCCUGGUUGGAAAAAGUUGUAUGUCCGGGGCUGAUGCUAUCCCGUUCCCCUGAAGGGGAUCUUCUUUUUAAUUAAUGGCGUUGCCCUUGUGGAUUUCGAGUCCGCCACUGCUCUAUUUUCAACACUAACAACAAUAUUUUAUACUUAAAAUCAAAUAGAAUUUGACAAUUAUGAAUAGCCUAGCGCACUCUUAAUGAAAUAUAAAAAUCAAUACUCAAUUGUUUUAUUAACUUUAAUAAUUACAUAAUUAUUCUUCUAUUGAGAUAGAUCUACAAAGUAAUAAUAAAAUAAAACAAUUAACAAAAAACAGUGAACAAUAUCUUACACCAAAUAUAAAGAUUUCCAUUGAUUAUACACCUAAUUUAAGUAAUACGCUAUGUCCACAUACAUAGAAAUGUUAUUUUAAUGAUAUAUUUUUACAUAAUAGAUACUUAUUUAAAAAUACAGUAAUAAAUUCCUUUUUAAAAACCACCACCUGGACCAAACUGGAGCUAUUUCAAAUGACUAAGUUUGAAAACUGUAAGGUCAACGUACACUUGCACAGGAUCGAAAAAAGAAAUUCCAGAAAUGUACAAACAAUAAAUUUUUCCCUAUGCCGAUUUAACAUCAGGGAGUCGAUAGUUGACUGUGAGUAUAUUGCGUGCGGUCGUAGAAAUGCUUUGAGCCAAAAGAUCUUUUUAAUAAGUAAAGUGAAACAGAUAAGGAAUUAACAGGAUAUUUACAUUAUUCCUAUCUAUACUGAUAUUAUAAAUAGGAAAGAUUUGAUUGUUUGUUUGUUUGUCACGAAUAGACUCCGAAGCUACUAAGUAUGCUGUAGACAUAGGCUGUAUUUUAUACCGAAAAACGGCAAAUAAAGGGAUGAAAAUGGGAGUAGAAGUUUGUUUAGGGAAUUAUAAUGUUACCACAGUAAAAAUCGAUAUCCAAGUAAACAGUUUCCUAGAGACCACGUUGGCGAAUCCACUGGCAGAAAGCUUGUUAAGAUAUAUUAUUGGCAACAUAAAAAAAGUGUCUCAGUUCAUAGCGUAAGUAUUGUUAGAAAUAUGUAUAUUAAUCCCGUCGCGAUAAGGAUCAAUAUCCAGUGCAUAUAUUAAAGUUUAGAUUUGAUGCGCUUCGAAUCUCUGAACAGCCCUUCUAUCACUAGUCACAAAUAUAAUAAAUAACAUUUGAGUCUGUAGAAUGUAUUGGACGCCGGCCAUUACAGUUAAAAUUUACACUGUUAGUUUGCGGCAGACUAUUUUGUUAUAGUUUCUCUUCUACAUUUAACUUACUUAGUGAGGAAUCUUUACAUUUAUUUAUAUAAAAUAAUAGUUUAAAUACUUAUAUACAUAUAACGACGCUGUCACUAAAGGCUUAGGUACUAGAAGGUACAUACUUAAGUCCCAUAUAAUAUACCGUCCAAAAUAACAGUAAAGUUGUUAUGGUUUUAUAUUUUUAAAUCAAGCUAUGAGGACUUAUUCAACAAAUCCAUAAUGAUAGUAUUGGACAUUUCAGUAUAUUGAUCGUUAGACAUUCUGAACAUUAUUUAAUUUCAUCCGGAUACUGUAUUGUACCUAAUAGUAAUAAUUCUUUAUUUAAAACGCCAGUAUGUCAAAACGGAAAAUUAAAAAGAAAUAGAAAAAUUUCCUUGCAGCCAUAUUAAAGUCAAAAAUACUACUCGACUAAAUAUUUACAAACUAAUUACAGAAAUAGUAUGUCAUUUAAAAAUCUCAUAGUUAACGUCGGAAAAUAAAAAUCAAUUCGAGUAUUCUAAACAAUUGUGUAUCAGAAUUUGUAUGUACCUUUUAUUGUAAGAUAUAAAAUUCAUUUUGAAUAUACGAUAUAUUCAUUUUGGAUAAAAU